GAAUUGCAAAUGUUCCGAGCAAUGCCGAAAAUCGAGUUGCACGCACAUCUGUCUGGAAGUCUCUCGCCGGGAACAAUUUCGAAGCUUGUUGGAAAUAAAGAUAAAUGCAUACAAACUAUCGCCAAGUAUAGACUUCAAAAACCUGAAGAAAUGAAAAAGGUGUUUGAGUCGUUCGGAGCAGUGAAUGAAGCUCUUGAAAAAUCGGAGAAUCUUAGAAUCGCGACUAUUGAAACUUGUCGCGAGUUCUGUGAAGACGGAUGCAUCUAUUUGGAACUUCGUAGCACGCCAAAACAUACCCGAUUCAUGGACUAUGAAACUUAUCUCCGCACAAUUGUUGGAGCUAUUCUGGAAGCAAGAGUGCUAUUCCCUCAAAUGAAAAUAUUUUUUAUUGUUGGAAUCAACAGAACUAUGAAUUACGACACUGCAUCACACAUUCUUCACAUCGUAGGAGUUCUGCAGCUAGAGUCUAAUGUGAUUGUCGGACUUGAAUUGAGUGGAGAUCCCAAAGUCUACGCAAAACACCUCGUUUCCAUCUUUCAAGUUGCUCGUCGAUUCCAUGGUCUCGGAGUCACUUAUCACUUGGCAGAAACGAAAGAUUACACAGAUGAUACCUUGGAUUAUAUGUUGACAAUACCGGAUCGUAUCGGACAUGGAACAUUUCUUCACACUAACAAAAAACUUGUAGAAAUUGUGCAGUUCUAUAAGAUACCAUUGGGUCGAUUUAUUAUAUUGAGUUGUGUUAUUUUUUUUUCAGAACUUUGUCUCUCCUCUAAUGUGUACACGAAAACAGUGCCGAGCCCUGCCGACAGCCACUUCAAGUAUUGGAGAGAUCGAGGUAUCCCAGUAUCCAUAAAUACGGAUGACAAGGGAAUAUUCCCCGCUUCCUCGUUGUCGGAGGAAUAUUUCAAAGUCGCCAAAGUGAUGCUUUCAAGACUCACUUCUCGCUCCUUCGGAACUUCUGCUUCUUGCUCGAGAACGGCUGGCGUCUUUAGAGACAAGCGAGAGGUCGCGUUUCCAAUCGCUGGAAAAUCUCCAAAGGUCGUCUCAUUGGCCGAUGCCUGUCGCGAAAUCAAGAGUGGCGACAACGUCUUCGUUCACGGAAUCGCUGCAACCCCAACACCACUGCUUCAAAGUCUCUCGGAGCACGCAGUUGCUAACAACUUGAAGGGAGUUAAACUGCAUCAUUUGCACUUGGAAGGAGCCACCCCAUGGACAGCUGAUGGAGUUAAAGACAGAGUCCGCUCCAACUCCCUCUUCACCGGUCACAACUUGAGAGGCGCUGUCAACAACGGAAUCGCCGAUUUCAACUCUUGCUUCUUGUAUGAAGUCCCACUGUUGUUCCGCAAGGGAGCCAUCAAGUUGAACGCCUCUCUUAUCCACGUUUCUCCACCAGACGCCUUCGGAUAUUGCUCCCUUGGUACUUCUGUGGAUACUGCUCGUGCUGCCGUCACCAACUCUCCAUUGAUUAUUGCUAUGGUCAACAAGAAUAUGCCACGCACUUUCGGAGACGGAGUCAUCCACGUUUCACAAAUUGAUUACCUCGUCAACGAAGCCGAUGGGUUCGAACUUCACCAACGCAACAUCGGAGCACAAAACGAUCAAGAGAAGAAGAUCGGACAAAUCAUUGCCGAGAAUCUUGUUGACAACGGAGCCACACUUCAGAUGGGUAUUGGAGCUGUCCCAGAUGCUGCUCUCUCUGCUCUCAGCAACCACAAAGAUCUCGGAAUUCACACCGAAAUGUUCUCUGACGGAGUUCUCGACCUCAUCGAAAAGAACGCUAUUACAAACUCCAAGAAAGCAAUCCACCCAGGAAAGCUUGUCGUAUCCUUCGUCUAUGGAUCUACCAAGCUCUACAACUACCUCAACGACAAUCCACUCAUCGAGUUCGGAGAUGUUAACUGGGUCAACGAUCCAGCUGUCGUUCGUAAGAAUCCUAAAGUCACUGCUAUCAACUCGGCUGUCGAGAUUGAUUUGACUGGACAAGUCGUCGCGGACUCUGUUGGAAAGCGAUUCUUGUCUGGAUUCGGAGGACAAGUCGACUUCAUUCGUGGAGCUGCAAUUGGAAACGACGGUCUCGGAAAGCCAAUCAUUGCUCUUCCAUCUAUCUCAAAGAAGGGACAGAGUAAAAUCGUGCCAACCAUCAAUGAAGGAGCUGGAGUCGUCACAAGUCGCGCCCAUGUGCACUACGUAGUCACUGAAUUCGGAAUUGCUCAACUUUGGGGCAAGAACAUGCGUCAACGUGCCUACGAAUUGAUCAAGAUUUCUCAUCCAAGUCAACGCGAAUCUCUCGAGAAGGCCGCUUUCGAUCGUCUGAAGGUUAUGCCAUCCGCCGACUAA